ACCACCCGUCUCCCCUCGGCUACGGCGGCCGCUGCCCUGAAGCCUCUGUGUGCUGGACAGCGCCCUCGGCCCCUCUCGCUGCCCCGGGAGCGCUGGGGAGCGGCCGCGGCCCGGCCGCGGGGCGGAACGGGCGGCGGGGGCGCGGGGGGCCGGGCGCCCCGCGGAGCGGUGGAGGGGGGUCCCCGCAGCCCUGGCAGCGCCGCCUCCGCUCCCCGCCUCCCCGCGCUCGGAGGGCGGGGAGCGGGGCCGGGACUGGCGGCGACGUGAGCCCUUUGUCGAUGCGAAGCUCCCUUCCGAGGCGCUCUCCGCGCCGGAGGCGGAGGGGCCGCACCGGCACCGCGUCCUUCGACCGCGGCGGGCUCCGGGCAGAGCCGCCGGCAGCAUGCGGCGCCCCCCGCUCCUCCUCCUCCUCCGCCGCCUCCCCGCACAGCCGCUGCUCUAGAGCCCGGCGGGGCGAUGGGCAGCGCUGCCCGCUGAGCCGCGGCGGGGCCGUGCGAGGCGCGGGGAUGUGGCGGCGGGCGGCAGGCGGCGGGCGGAGCGGGGCGCGCCCCGCGGGGCCCGGCGGAGCGCCCGGCACCGCUCCCCCGCGCAGCGCCCGGCCGUCGGGCGGCGGAACGGGCCUGGCCGGGGCCGUCGUGCUGCUGGGGGUGAUCGUCGCCCUCCUGCCGAGCGCCCGGGCCGAGCCGGGCAUUAGGCAACAGCAUAUCAAUGUUGGUCCUUCUACAGGAUCUUUUCCUAAUUGGAGAUCUAUACUAUCACCAACACGGCCUUCCACAGAAACUAAGACUUCCUCAGUAGCUGAAAUUUCUAUGGGACAGACUUUGGAGAAUGCAAACUUGCUUCAGAUGAUAAAAACAACACUGAGUGGCACACGUACCAGGACUUCAGAUCAAACUCACCUGUUGCCCACCCUUUAUCAAGGCAGUGGAAACAGUGCAUCCCAGGAACCCGCUGAAGUUUCAGCUGAGUCACCUCUGAGGUCAUCAUCUCAAGAUACAGAUGAAACAGCUGCUGUAUCAGGUUUGCCUCGACUUGUGUUAACUGGAGUAUCUUCUGGUGAAAUACCUACAGUAGGAACUUCAGAAGCAAAACCACUAACAAGAAAAUCAUCUCCAGCUUCACCAGUGCCAGCUUCUUCCUUCUUUUCUCUGGGCACUGAGAACACACCUUUGCCAUCUGUGAUGGCUUUAAGCACACCAAUACUGACACUAACAGAAAAUAACACGGCCACAAAAUUGGCGUGGGAUCUAAGCUCAGUAGGAACACAUACAGAUUUUGCUUCUGCAACAAGAAACACGACUGCAUCACCCGUGGUUGUGUCAGCUAUGCUUGUAACCCCUAAAAGCAGUACGGGCACAGCUUCCAUGCUUGCACCAACAGCACAUGUACCAAGGCAGAUAGAAACAACAGUAGCUGACACCCAGAAGUUUCCAAGCUCAGAAAUCACCAAAACGUCAACCCUGUAUCCACUGACAAUUACAGCAGCUUUGACAUCUAUUACAGCAUCAGCGAAAACAACUAGGCUUCCCCCUACUCCUGUGGAAAUCACCUCUGCUCCUCCCGAAACCACAGCAGCAGCCGCUUUCGCUAAUAUGACGGCAGCUCCUCCCUUGGAUUGCCGACUCUCCAGGAACCUUAUGGUUAAAACAGUUCUCUUUCUGAACACAAGGAGGAUGCUGAUCAGCAAUCCCUUCAAGGAGAGUGUGAGAAAAGGACUCAACCAAGUGCUGAGACAAGCUUUCAACCAAAAUGUCAGUGCUCAGGUUGAAAUCCUGGAGCAAUCACACAACGUAACAGUUGGUUACUACGUUACACGGGGGAGACUGGUUUUUAUACCGGCUGCUGUAAUUGAAAGGCUUCUUGCGUAUGGUAUUAGCAACGCCACAGCAGACAUAAAGCAGCACGUACCACAUCUCCAGUCUGUGGCGGCCCUGGCCUUGCCGUGGAAGCCCCUUCCCGCCUACCACUUCCAGCUGAAAACAGAGCUGCAGUUUGUGGGUCAAACAGACAAUAUACAGUCAUGCAAGUUUGUUCAGACCAUGGAGCAACGAUUACAGAGAGCAUUUCAGGAUGCUGAAAGAAAGGUCUUAAAUACCAGCAACAACUUAACAGUUCAGAUUUUGAACACCUCCAAUGUCUCCCAAGCUGUCACUCUGUUUUAUGUAGUGAACAAUCAAAGCACAACUCUAAAUGGCACUAUUUCCAGCAACCUUCUUAAUCAACUGUCAGCUGAGCUGGUGGGUUUCUACCUGACCUACCCACCUCUCACCAUUGCAGAAUCUUUGGAGUAUCCAAACCUUGAUGUUUCAGAGUCAACUAGAGACUACUGGGUGAUAACAGUUAUUCAAGGGGUUGAUAUUGCAUUACUGGGGCUGAACAACCAGAGCUUUGCAAGACUAAUGGAGCAGCGUUUGGCCCCACUCUUCAUGAUGUCUCAUCAGCAAGGACGACGGUUCAGACGUGCCACCACUGUGGGCAGCUACACUGUGCAGAUGGUAAAAAUCCAGCGCAUUCCAGGACCCAAGGAGCCAGCUGAACUGACAUACUAUACAUUAUACAACGGGAAACCUUUGCUGGGCACUGCAGCUGCCAAAAUUUUGAGUACUGUUGACUCCCAGCGGAUGGCCUUGACACUGGGUUAUGUUAUUCAAGUUCAAGCUGAUCCUGUGGUGAAGAACCCCCCAAACAACCUGUGGAUCAUUGCAGCGGUGCUGGCUCCCAUUGCUGUGGUUACAGUCAUCAUCAUCAUCAUCACAGCGGUUCUCUGCAGAAAGAACAAGAACGACUUCAAACCAGACACCAUGAUGAACCUGCCUCAGAGAGCUAAACCAGUACAAGGCUUUGACUAUGCCAAGCAACACCUAGGUCAGCAGGGAGCUGAAGAUGAGGUUUUACCUGUAACUCAGGAGACUGUUGUACUUCCACUUCCAGUUAGAGAUGCUCCUGCUUCCCAGGAGAGAGAAAUUACUCAGGAUGGGAGCACCAUCAAAACUGCCCAGUCCAAUGAAACAAGGAAAAGCCGGUCCCCGAGUCAGAACGGCUCCAUCAUCAGCAACGGGUCGGGAAAGCCCAGCUCCAGCCGGAGCUCCCUCCAGAAAGUAAUGGCACCGCAAAAAGUGACAAAAGACGAAGGAAGGAAAAGAAACGGUUUUAAAUCUUCAAAGAAAAUGGUGGCUGUAAGUGAUGAAGAGGAAGGAGGCAUUCUCUUUGAUAACAUUGCCAAAUCUACCAUUGACCCCUUCGACACCUCUUCUGGAUCAGUACAGCUGAUUGCUAUCAAACCCGUGGCUCUACCUGCUGUUCACGCUGCAUCAGAUAGGAGCCAGGAAUCCGCCAUCAUUAAUGGAGAGGUGAACAAGGCUUUGAAGCAGAAGUCCGAUAUAGAACAUUACCGCAACAAGCUGCGAUUGAAAGCCAAGAGGAAAGGGUACUAUGAUUUCCCACAGGUUGAUAACAACAAGGGGCUGACAGAGAGAAAAAGGAUGUAUGAAAAAAACCAAAAAGAACUUGAUCACAUUUUGGAUCCAGAUGCAGAUGUAUCAUCUCCAUUUGCUGAGCCUAAGAACAGGCAACCGAUAAAGAACUCAGUGUACAGAAGCAGACAGUCGUUGAACAGUCCUAGCCCAGGAGAAACUGAGAUGGAUCUUCUAGUGACUCGAGAAAGACCUAGACGUGGAAUCCGUAACAGUGGAUAUGACACUGAGCCUGAAAUUAUAGAAGAAACAAAUGUUGACCGUGUCAAUGAGCCUCGGAGUUACGCCAGGUCCCGUCAGGCCAAAGGCCACUCGGAGACCUCAACUUUAAGUUCUCAGCCCUCCAUUGAUGAGGUUCGACAGCAGAUGCAUAUGCUCUUGGAAGAGGCCUUCAGCCUGGCCUCUGCGGGCCAUGGAGGACAGAGCAGGCAGGAGGCCUACAGCUCGGCCCCACACCUGCCCUACUCAGAGGUUGUGACCAGCGCUCCUGGUACCAUGACCCGACCUAGAGCGGGGGUACAGUGGGUACCCACAUACAGACCAGAAAUGUAUCAGUACAGUUUACCACGACCAGCUUACAGAUUUUCUCAGCUUCCUGAGAUGGUAAUGGGCUCUCCUCCUCCUCCUGUCCCUCCCAGAACAGGUCCUGUGGCUGUUGCCUCUCUCAGGAGGUCUACAUCAGAUAUUGGCAGCAAAGUGCGAAUACCUGAGUCCAGUGGUGCAGAUCAGGCCCAGCAUCAUGAUCAGGCAUCUUUUGCACCUGGUUCGAGAGCUCCGAUGUCAGUUGGCCCACUUGAUCAAACAGCUUUUCACUCAGGAAAUACCGUACCAGCAGUGUUUGCCAUACCAGCAGCAAACCGACCUGGCUUCACAGGCUAUUUCAUCCCAACACCACCCACUGCAUACAGGAACCAAGCCUGGAUGCCCUAUGCUGGAGAGAAUGAAUUACCAGGGCAGUGGGCAGACUCUGUACCACUACCUGGGUACAUCGAGGCUUAUCCACGGCCCCGCUACCAACAUAAUUCUCCUUCACGGCUUCCUCGGCAGUACAGCCAGCAGGCGAGCAUGCAUCCCAGCCUGGAACAGGCUCCUCUGCCCUCCACCGCAGCUUCCCAGCAGAGCCUGACGGAAAACGACCCGUCUGAUGCUCCUCUCACCAACAUUUCUACAGCUGCCCUUGUAAAGGCAAUAAGAGAAGAAGUUGCUAAACUGGCCAAGAAGCAAACAGAUAUGUUUGAAUUCCAGGUUUAACGUAUUUUGUGCACGGUAUUUCUGUCAUGCAACCUGAGGUAGCCAAGAAAGUGACUCCUUUCAUUUUCAGUUACAAGCUUGAGGUGAAUUGUGCCCAAGUGAUGGCACUUUCCUGUCUGAAAAAUCAACACUAUGAAAUGACUUGAAGUAGAGCAACAGGACUCUGAAGAUACAUAAUUCUGCUUGCCAGCUAAAGAAAUGCUGCCAGGUAACUGUUCAAUAUGGAUAAGAUUGAUAACAUGCAAUUGUUUGUCACUGCACUCUUGUACUAUGACCCAUUGUCACUAGAGAUGCUGCUGAAUGUGUUUGCUCCACACCAUGUUUCAUUUGCAGGCCCAAAGGUAGAGCUGCUGAAAAUAACUUCUGCAUGUCAAAACUUUGAUUAAAGAAGAAAAUACAGUAGAACACGGUUAGCUAAAGGCCACAGAGGGUGUGGUAGCCAUGUUAAUUGUUUCCUGCAGGAUAUUGUCAAUGCAGAGUCAUUCAGCCUUUUCAUUCUAAAGGCUGUAUUCAAACCAAAAGAAUUUGAGAUGAGUAAGUAAUACAAAUAAAUGUCCUGUAAAUAGCCCUGAUUCUCCUCAUCCUAUUAACAGUACAAAGAAGUGAAAGAAGAGAAGGCUGUGAAGAAGGUGAAUGAUAUUUUGAUAAUCAGUGGCUACCUUGUCCCUGAAUAAAACUGAUGAGUUAUGGAAGAGAUUUUUUUUCAGCGUGAGAGAACACAAUGCCGAGAAAGCAAACAAAGGAUGUUGGUGCUAGAAGCUUCUAGGAGAAAUGAAAAAAAGUUAUUUGCGUUUUCUGUAUUCAGGCUUUUGACUCUGAAUGCAUGUGAAGCUGGUAAACCUGAGACCUUUGAGCAAGUCUUUCCAGCCUGGAAUAAUGAAUACACCUGCUUGGACAAGAAAACCUCUGUUUAACACAGUGCUUUUUUCUCUUUCUUAAACAAUGAUAUCUACUAAAGCGAUGCCAGAAAGUCCUACCUGAACCUGCAGUUGAUUUUGAUUACACUGGAACAGUGAAUGCACACCCAGGAAGUUCUGAAUGUAAAGGACCUGAUUGUUAUAUUAACAUGUAAAUAAGAAAAUGGUUGCGUGAAUUAACAAAAAUACUAAUGUUCUGUGAAAAAGAGAGCAUUUCCAGAAAUUAUGCUGACUUUAUAUUGUGCAAGAUAGAGGUCACUAAUUGUUAAACUGCGUUGUUGAAUGAAUCCCACCCCAAAAGAAAACCAAACCAGUUGAAUGGGACAAUAGUUCAUCUUUUGCAGUUGUACAAAACAGUUGGAGAUCAUGAACAAUUGUUUUCAGUUCCUUCAGCAAUCAGCUUCAGGAACUGAAGUUGUUCCAAAAUUUGUUGUGGUGGGCAUGUUUGAUGUCAACUGGAGUCAAAGGUAAUGUCCUUCAUUUCAGUAAGUUAUUUAGUUAUCCAAAAUUGCUUAUGCUAUUUUGUCUGAUUAUUUCAUUCCCUCGAGUUACUUUGGUCUUUGCUGAGGUGAGAAAGGGAACUUGGUUUGGCUUUUUGGCCUUCAGUAAAAUGAGAGGAGAAAGGGAAGGGAACUAGAACAGGGGAUAGAAGAAUAAAUUGAUGAAGCACAAACUUUUAAAGCAGAGCUAUUUUUUCCCCAAAAUAAUUAUAUUAUAAACCCUGACUGAGAUUGUGAUACAUAGUUAUUCUAGAAUAUACAGAUAUCUUCUGCUCCAGUACCUUAAAUAUUGCAGAAGCUGUUGGAAUGCUAGUUAAUCUUUAAACAAAUGUGAAAUUUCAUUUUUAUUAUUUAAAAAACAAAUAUAAAUAAAAUGUAUUUUUGUAAUUUCUAUGUAUAUAUAUGCUGUAUAUUUAUAUGUGACUAGUCUGCUAUAGUCAGAAAAUUUCCAUAAACCAAGUGAAAAAAAAAAUUAAUGAUCAGCAUAAACAUGCUAUGUCUCGAAUACACAAAUAUACAUUUGGGUGACUUGGAUACUAAACAACCAAAGAAAUUCAGUCUUUCAUAUAAAUAGAAGUCUAGUAAAGACAGACUGCUGUCUCAGUUACCUAUCAGCUAACUAAUACUGAUCUUAUGAGUGUAAUACAAUACAUCCAAAUGUCUUUUUGUGUUGAAUUAACAGCUGUCUAAGGAUAUCACACUUUAAAAUAGCAACUUAAAGAUACUGGGCCAGUAUACCCUAAAAAGACUAGUUCUGGUUGGCUUUAGUGGGAAGUUUACUUGCUGACAGCAAGGCUGAAUUUCUUCUCUAUUUGGUUUUGUCUACAUGUGCAAGUUUCACUAGAAUGACUAGAACAAUAUUCUGUUUAUUUUUCAGACGUUUAAAUCACUCUAAUAAAAGUGCAGGCAUAAUUUAAGAGCAAUUUAUUUUUUUUCAGCCCAAGCUGGUUCAUAACUGGCUUAAGCCAACUUGUUAAGUAAAAUGUACACUAAAUUGUUCCAGCCACAAUUUGCAUCAGCUUUAUUGCCUCAGUUUUUAAAUUAUUGUUCUAUUUAGCCCGGUGAAAUCUGGCAAAUAGAUAAGCCCCUCUAUGCAACGGGAGUGAAAUGUGCUGUGAAAUAAAUCUCUGUAUCUUAGACCGCAGUUUUGCAGAGUUACCCUAAGCUGCAAGUUUGGAAGCAGCAGCGAUUGCAUGGAUGGGAGUGCUAAAGCCAUGUAGCUGGGAGCGGUGAUGUUACGGUAUCCUCCCAAAAGAGUCACAGGAGGUAGGAAGUACCAGGUUUAAACAGCAUCUUUGGGACACUUAGCUCUGUUUGUAAAUCUCUAUCCAUUCUUAAAUGUAAGUGAUUUAAUAGUGCUAUAAAAAAAUGUGUGACGGUAAAGCCUCAUAUAUCUUAUAUGAUGAAGUAUGUAUCUUGCCAUUCUGGAAAUUAAAAAGUUUGGAAAUUAUGUUUACAUAGAGGGUUUGAAUGCCUAUGUCCAAACAAAAGGAACAAAUAGAAAAAGCCCAACUAAAAACAUUGAAAUGGACUUCUAGAAAGAAAAAUCAUUUCAGUAAAGUUUAACAAAGUACUCUUCAUACUACUGAGGAAGACCUGUUAGACUUUCAGGAUUUAUUUUGUUUGGUUUUGUGUCAAUGAUGUACAGUCUAUUGAAUAUUCCUUCAACCAUCACUCUGAAACCAUUGUGGUGCACUUUAUUCACAAAGACAUUUUGCAUUCUUCAUUCAUAAUGGCUUUUUAUCUUGUUUGUAAUAUGUUUCUGUAUUUUUUUGUUAAGUACAAAGUAAGAAUAUAUCAUGACAGUAAGGACAUUUCUGGGAAAGAAAAAUCAUGCUGUACUAUUUAUACUGUCUGAGCACAAAGCAAUGAUAAAGUGAAAAUAUAGUGUACAAAUAAUUUGUAAUAUAAUAAACAUUUUGUAUUACUACAAUUACAA